AUGGCCCUUUUGACUACACGUAAUGGAGACAUCGUGGAAGGGGGCUUGCUAGGGACUACCACCGUGUCGGGCUUGGAUCUGACCGCAGCGUCAGGAUCUUCAAGAAACACGAUAUACUUUACUUUCAAUGAAAUUGCGAUAUUUAUCGAAGGGGUUUUCAAGGUCAGGAUCGAUGUUUACAAGGUCCCCUACGAGAAUCCAGAUGGUUGUACUUUCCAUGCGCAAGAGAAAACCAGCCGAGUCACUGUUGUGAACGAACCUAUCCCGGCGGGUUCUGCAGAAUCGGGCGAACGUUCAACCAUACAACUUCUGCAGAGUGCUGGUGUUGCUAUAUCUUAA